GUGUUGUUAUUUUGGUUGUGGUCUUGUCUUCUUUCUUCCCUCAACCACACACAUGCGUAAGUGCACACUCUAUGAAAUUGAGGUAGGAUGGAAUCGGAGCCAAUUCCCGGUAAUUUGCAACAUACCUGGGUAAAUCCUGACAGCCCAGUCUUUAAAUAUAUUUUAUCAGCAUGUGCGGCUACGGUAGCUGAAACUGGUACCUUUCCAUUGGACUUGACCAAAACCCGUCUUCAAAUACAAGGGGAAGUUUCUGUAAGUGCCAACAAAGGCCAUCAUGCUGUCCCCUACCGUGGAAUGGUACAAACUGCUGUGGGUGUGGUUCGAGAAGAAGGUGUGUUAAAACUGUGGCAAGGGGUCACACCAGCUAUCUACAGGCAUAUUGUAUAUACCGGAUGCAGAAUGGGAGCGUAUGAAUACAUUCGUGAAAACAUCCUGGGUAAAAAUGAGGAUGGAAGUUUUCCUGUAUGGAAAGCUGUUUGUGGAGGACUAUCAGCUGGAGCUAUUGGACAGUUCAUUGCUAGUCCAGCUGAUCUGGUCAAAGUUCAAAUGCAGAUGGAAGGAAGGAGGGUACUGGAAGGCAAGCCGCCAAGGAUAAAAGGAACAUUCCAUGCAUUCACUAGAAUUUUAAAAGAGGGAGGAAUAAGAGGAUUAUGGAAGGGCUGGGUUCCAAAUGUUCAAAGAGCUGCAUUAGUCAACAUGGGAGACCUGGCAACGUAUGAUACAACAAAACAAAUAAUUUUAAGAAACACAGAUCUGACAGACAACUGGUUAACACAUACGCUUGCAAGUACAUGUUCUGGUCUUGUAGCAGCUACCUUAGGAACACCAGCGGAUGUGGUUAAAACAAGGAUUAUGAACCAACCAACCGAUGCCAAUGGCAAAGGAUUACAAUACAAAUCAUCAUUAGAUUGUUUACGGAAAACUGUAGGAAAAGAAGGAUUCAUGGCAUUAUAUAAAGGAUUCUUCCCUAUUUGGGCUAGAAUGGCACCAUGGUCUUUAGUAUUCUGGUUGUCUUAUGAAGAGAUUCGAAAACUUGCUGGAGUGAAGUCAUUUUGAACUUGAAGAAUUGUAUCUUACUGGGCUGACAGUAUAGUGAAGUAUCAUAAUGGAAGGAAUGCGGCAUUCCAGAAGAAGGAAAAUGUAUUUGAUUGAAGAAAUUACGCGCUGAUAGAGGGCUCACUCAUAAAUGUUCUGUCGUGCAAUGAAAGUAUCAGCAGCAUUGUUUAAACAGAUUAUCACAGACAGCUGAGCACAACGCCGUGUUGUGGCGAAAUCAAUGUAAUUCUGACAGUAAAGACUUGAGAUGAAUCUUCUCUUUAAUGAUGAUCUGCCAUCGAUCACUGUACAAUAAUAAUUGUCUUCCAGUUUUUAAGAGGGAAAACUGAAAAAUAGCUUUAAAUUUGGGGAUUUUAUUUAGAUUUUGAGCAGAACCAAAAAUUAAUCUGUCGUACACUCAGCUAUUGGCUACUGAAACUUAAUAGACUUUUCCAUAGUCAAGCUUAACAAAUGACCAAUCACUACAUUGCCAGGAAUACGACAGGCUUGGGACAAUUGGGGCAGUCACGGGACAAUUGGGACAGUCCCGCACAAUUUUUCUAUUGGGUCCAAUAUUUAUACAAAUAUUGGGUCCACAUUUUGUCGCUCACAUCACGAACUAACCCAAUCAAAGUAGAUUGUGUUAGUUCGUGAAAUCAGAGUAGCGCGUCAAAACGAGCGCGUAUUGGUUGUCAAGCAAUUUUGUAUUCUUUACCACACAAAAAGUCCUUAACAACAACAGCGCAUAUUUUGACGCACUUUCUUGACUUCACGAAAUAACACAAUCUACAUCGAUUGUGUUAGUUCGUGAAGUGAGUGACGAUUUCUAAAAAUGGGUCUAGCUUACGUUGUUUACAAACAAACAAAAUUUAUGCGUAAAAUGGGUCCACAUUUUUUUAAUUUAUGCGUAAAAUGGGUCCAUCCUGAUAUUGUCCCACACGCUGUUUAAAAAUCCUGACUAUGGCAUUGCCCACAAGCAUUACAGGACAUUAAUACUAUCAUUUUGUGGAACCUUAACAACAAUGUCCAUGGGGAAUGCUUAGCGGAACAGUCAAUUUGCAUACAGGUGUGAUUGUCAGUUCAAAUUAUAACUCAUCUAUUAUGUUGACAGCUUAUUAUUGGUACAGUAAAUUUUCGUAUUAUUUUUAUGUCAUCAGUGGUGGAUCCAGGAAUUCAAAAUAAAGGGGGCCAAAGGAGGAACUUGCACAGAUAUAAUGCCCACCUACCUUAGCCCCAAAAAUUGUGAUUAUGGCACAUCUAAAUGACCAGAAAUGGCACUCUUAGACUUAAAUUUGAAAAUAAUUUAUUUUAUUUCUCCUCUUUUUUUUUUUUUUAUAAGCUUGAGUCAUUUAGGGGCCUGUCCUUUAAUUCGCCACUUGUUAUUAUGAAUGAUAAUUUCGGUGACAAAUGUAUAAGGUGCAAUCAAUUUACUUCAAGGGCCAUAGGAUGCAUAGAUAGGGAUGAUGUAUAAUAAUAUUGUAUAGAAAUUAUACACCGUUGGUGUGGAAAAUGACAUUUGUUUGAGGAAAUUUUGCUACAUGACCUUGGUCAUAACAUAAUGCAGCAAAAAUAAAGUCUGCCCAAUGAAUAUUGAA